AUGUGGAUUCUUGAUACCAAUGCCGACUUCUUUCAAGGAAGGCGGAUGUGGCUCAGGCCUGGGCAGCGAUACUUGUUUGGCCGAGUUAAGAAAGAUGGCGUUAUGAUCGCUGUUGACCACAGAACUGUCUCCAGACAACACUUCAAUAUCACCGUCGAGCCUGUCAAGGACGGAGAUGUCGGACAAAUCCACACCCGAACGAAGAUCUGGACUGAGGAUCACUCAAAGACUGGAACGUUUGUGAACGGCGAGCUGAUCAAGAAGAAGGACCCAAAGAACGAGCAAGAACCGAACCCUUCGCGAGAACUGAGCGGCCCUGAAAACUCUAUUCGGCCAGGAAGCUGUCCUUAUGAAUUCACCGUCACCUGGCAGCCCUGCGUUUUCACCUUCAACCUACUCAAGAAAGAGAUCAAGUCAGGAGUUCUCAAGGCAAAGCAGACAAGAGUACAAAAUCUAGACAUCAAGGCUAUCAGUGAUUUUUCUUAUGAACAUACGACUCAUGUGGUUGCCAACAAGAGAAAUACUGCAAAAGGUCUGUUGGCCUUGGUCAACGCCAAAUACCUUGUGACAGAGUCGUAUCUCGAUGCCCUGGACUACGCUGCUACUCCUAUCACCCUCAGCCAAGAGGUGAAUCUAUCUCCGCUAGAAAGCGACUUCGACAGCGCUUGGCCUCAUCCCAAAGACCACCUCCCUCCUCCAGGAAAAGAACCCACCAUCAGACCUGCCCAGUCAUAUCAACCGAAUCCCGCACGAAUCAACGUAUUUGAACAUUAUACCUUUGUCUUCGGUGAACAGAAUCAGUAUGAUACUCUGCUACCGGUGAUAACGAGCGGUCAUGGGAAGGCGAUGCUAUUCAGGGUGGUGAACUACGAGACCACAAGCGACGAACUGAUCCAGUUCAUUGCAAAUGCAGCUGGAAAUAAAGGCAGUGUUCAAAAUGGACCAAAAGGUGGAGUGAUUUUGGUUCGGUGGCCGGGAAAAGAGGCCGCUCAAGAAUGGACAAAUACACUUAUCAAUGAGGCUGCGUUGAAGAUGGAUCAGCGGGCAAUUGAUCAGUCCGAGUUUUUGGAUGCUAUACUGGCCAAUGAUGCUGCAACCCUCAAACAGCCUAUCCCAUUUGAGAGCACAAACGAGGGGAUAAUUGCGCCUCCUCCAUCGGCAGCAAACUCCCUUGCCACGGUGCAGCCCCAUGAGGUUCGUAUAAAUGGCGACUCGUCGCCCAAUACAGCAGCUAAUGGAAGCUUUGAAGCUGCGCAUUCAACGAGGGCGACAGCCAACGGCGCAGAAGCUUCUCAGCCUUCACAAAUCUCAAAUCAAAAUAUUUCAGAGGCUCACGUUGACGCCGAGGGCGCUGCAAUGCCACUCCCACUCACCAUUCCUAAGGUUUCCCAAUUGGCCAAGUUCAAGAAUUUUGACGAUGGAUUUGAUCCUGAUGCCAUCGCUGCUUAUGAGGAUGAUGAGGUAAUUGAGGACGAGGUGUACGUCUCCGAGCCGGAAACGCGAUCCAAGUCACCCCUCGUCAUCAAACAAGAGCCGCCUUCAACACUGAGGAAACGACCUCGCUCUCCACCAGAGGAACGCGCCAAUACAUUCGCAGAUGAGAUGGACGAUCUCUUCCCUGCAGCGACAGCACUAAAGAGACGGAAGCUGGCAGAGGCGGCUGCCAACGGGCGUAUGGAUGAAUUGGAGGACAUUCAAUCACGUCCGGUACCGGCGAAAAGGAUCAAAAAGGAACGACAAAUCGAUGUCCGUGAAGCCGCCAGAAAACAACGAGAGGAAAAAGAAGCCGCCGCGCGGAGAGAGGAGGAAGCACUUGAAGCUGGUCUGCCCGACGUGGAGGACAAGGCACCUGCGAAUCUUGUCGACGUCGUGACUAUUGACCUUCCCGUGCGAGAUAAUCUGAAUAAGACAAGCAGCAGGGUCAAUGGUGAACGAGGGUCAGAUUGGGAUCCCAGAUGGAAUGGUCGCAAGAACUUCAAGGGGUUCCGUCGCAAGGGCGAUCCAGCCCAGCGAAGAUCUCACGCCACUAAAGUCAUUGUGCAGUUAGUGGAAGUACCGAAUAAAACAGGUGGAUUGGGUGAUCAAUAUUGGUCGAGGACUGAAGAAGAAAAGGAGCGCGAGAGGGAGAAGCGUCGUAGGGAUGACGCGAGAACUCAGCGGACAUCGCAGAGUCAGUCGCAGCCGUCGAGUGGGACCGUCCGCGGUCAUGUCACAGGGAGCUCGAGAACAAGGAUUGUCCUGGAUGACGAUGACGAAGAAAUCAACGAUUUGAUCAAUGUGGCAGAACAGGAUGAUGAGGAGGCAUCGACAGCCAGGCGUCUACGGCGCGGAGCUGUGGAGGUCGCGGAGCAUGAGAUCGACUCGGACACGCCGAGACGCACCCGGGCUGCUGAUCGCGCUCGGCAGGCGAGCGAGAAGGCUUCUGAAACAGAACGAGACGAAACGGCGCAAACACAAAGGGGGAAGAGAGCCGCGAGCUCCAUCAUGGCAACGAGCAAGCCGAAGCGUCAAAAGACUUUAUCCGUGACAACUGUGCGCCACGACGAUAGCGAAGACGACGAUAGUGAUGACAUGAAGUUCCGAUUUGGAGCGAGAGCGCGCAGGGCAAGAGCGAGAGGGCGAGGAGGCGGGAUUGGAAGUUGA